CGCGCAGGCCCGGCCUGCGGGCCCUAAUAGCGCCGGCUCUCGUUUACCCCCGUGUUUCUCUGGGACGCCAGCUGGAGGGCAGCGGGUUCUAGCGGGUGCCCAGAGGAGCGGGGAGCCCCUCACGCCGCAUCACCGCAUCCAGGGCCCGCCGCACCCCGCCCGCGGCCUCUGCCAGCCCCGGAGCCACCAGCGCGCUUAGAGCGCGCGGAAGUUUGAACCGCGCCGGCCGCCGUACGAGGGACGUGUCACUGCCGCUUCCGCGAGAGGUGGCCCCACCGCGCAUGGAGGAGCUGCCCGUCGUCGUCGUCCUGCUCCUCCUCCUCUCCCUACUGCUUGUCCCGCUGGUGCUUCUAGACAGAAGAUGCCACGGUCGGCAGACGCCUCCGUUCAGUCUUCUGGUGGUGGCGGGCUCUGGUGGGCACACAACAGAAAUCCUGAGGUUACUUAGCUGUUUGUCAGAGUCAUACUCUCCUAGACAUUAUGUUUUGGCAGACUCAGAUAAGAUGAGUGAAGCUAAAAUACGUUCUUUUGAACAAAAAAGGGCUGAAACAUUCUCCGAGUCCCAGUUCAGCCUUGAUCGCAUUCCCAGAAGCCGGGAGGUUAGACAGUCUUGGAUCUCCUCUGUGGUAACAACACUGUACUCCGUACUGUACUCUCUUCCUCUGACCUACAAACGGAAACCAGAUUUGAUACUGUGCAAUGGACCAGGAACAUGUGUUCCUGUCUGUUUAUCUGCUUUUCUUCUUGGCCUUCUUCGAAUAAAGAAAACAAUCAUCGUCUAUGUAGAGAGCAUCUGCCGUGUGGAAACUUUAUCCCUGUCAGGAAAGAUUCUUUACUACUUUUCAGAUUAUUUCAUUGUUCAGUGGCCUGAUCUAAAGAAAAAAUAUCCCAAGUCAGUAUAUCUUGGUCGAAUAGUGUAAGAUAAGCUAAGCUUUACCUGAAAUAGACUCUGCAAGCUCCUCAUUUGCAUUCCUGUAGUAAUUUAUUUCCAAUAAUUCCUGUUAAGAAAUUAGGCCAGUACUUUAAAAUGAGACAAUAAAGAUUUCUCUACAUCUAAGUAAAA